AGUAUGUCCAAAAACAAGAUACAUAGGUAACUUUGGCCAAUAUGUCGGAGUCCUCAGACACAGAAAAUGAUGCUGUAGAAAAAGCCAUCGCUAUGUGCAGAACUGCACAGGGAAUGAUCGACUUCACAGCUAAGCACCUGGACGGAUUAAGGACUCAAUGUGACCCAUCAGAAGAACUUACUCAGAAGGAGAUUAGAAACACCGAGAGUAAGCUGAUCAAACUAUUCAGUAAACAGCUGGUAGCCAAAGCUCAGUUGGCCACAGACGAUGUCCAUGACAAAUUGUCAGAGUAUCCCAAGACAGAACAGUGGCUCACUGUGGUCGGUUUGGAGAAAGAUGUCAUCAAGGGUGUUCUUCAAAGGGAAAUUACUCUAACAUCACUUCUGGACAUGCGAGAAGAUGAGGUGAAAAAUCUGCUGCUGAGGUUUGAUUCCAAAGAGGAGGACCACAGAAAGUUCAACUGUGCUCUUCGUAACCUGAAGAAAUGGACAGAACACCUGUUGGUUGGAGAUACAGGUGGGGACAGUGAUAAAGACUUAAGUUGGACCAACUAUACACAGGCUUCCAGUAGUCCAUACAGUGGCAGUUCCCCAGGCUACCACUCGGGUCGACCCUCCAUCUCUUCCCUUCCCCCAGAAAACAUUCAGCCUGUGCCCAUUCCAACUUCCCCACAGAGCACCCCUCCAUCACCAGUCCCUGCUACCCACACAGAUAGAACCAGGUAUACGCCUCCCCCGACGCCUCCUCUGACAGGAAGAGCAGCAGGAAACUCACGGAUGACUGGCACCCCACCCACAAAUCGUCGCCAUAUCCUCAUUCCCGAUUAUCCUCUCACAAAGAGUCGUUCUCAUGAGUCUCAGCUAGCCAACCGAGUCACGGACAUCGAUGGACCAAAGUACAGUAAGAAGAAACCUACCAAUCUAAUUAUUGGCAACGACAUGUUGAAGAUACGUCGGCCUUCUAACGAAGGCUCAGAAACGGGUGGGGGCAGUCGCGGUCCAUCUGGUCACACCUCCCCCAUUCCUAACUCUCCCAUACAUCCAUCACGACUCAAGGCUAUUGACUAUUCCAAAAAUACUUUAGCCGUGCCCAAGUCACCAAAACAACACCAACUCCAUGGCAACCACAGAUUUGAAAAAAAAUCCUUUACCAUAUUUGGAAGUAACUGUGACGUAUGUUCUAAAGUCAUCUACUUAAAUGGAAAAGUUUGCAAGGAUUGCAAAUUUAAAUGUCAUCGAGAUUGUGCUGGGAAAGUCAAUGUGAACUGUGCCGGUGAUUACCCAGAUAGCUUCUGGGAUGGAUCACCUGUCCAGACACGGAGAGAUACAGAUCCCUACUUAGAUUCCUACCAUGUAGAUGGCCCAGGCCUGAAGCCAAACCGCUCUGUACCUGUGCUCAACUCAGACUCCAGUUCAUCCUGCAACUCCAGCACAACAUCUUCCCCCGCCCCAUACAUUAACUCUCCUGCAGGGCAUAUCGCCUCCCCUUCCCCGGGGCCCUCACCUCACAGAAAGCCCCAACAGUUUCAUUAUCCAGAUACCAAGCCAAUAAAAGUAGAUAAAUCUACAGAAACAAAUACCACUGAACCAGUGAAGAUUAGUGUAACCACAGAUACGAAUACGUCGGAUGAUAGUAAUAAAACCUUAGUAGAUAGUAACACAUCGGACAAAACUCUGCUGGACAGGGUGGACUCCAUGGACAGCCAAGAUGACCCCUUAGGUCACAGCUGGAAUAGGCAGAAUAGUUUAUCGGUUACAUUAAAAGACUGGAUUAUUCCAUUUGAGGAGGUGAAGUUAGGGGAACUAAUAGGAACUGGGUCCUUUGGUGCUGUAUAUAGGGGCCUGUGGCAUGGAGAUGUUGCCAUUAAGAUGUUAAAUAUAGACUCUGAUAUGGACACACAGGCGCAGAUGUCAGAAUUCAAACAAGAGGUGGCUAUGCUGAUCAACAAGAGACAUGAUAACCUUAUUUUAUUUGCUGGAGCGUGUAUGAAGCCUCCGGCUAUCAUAACUAGUUACUGUAGUGGUCAAACUCUGUUCAAUUAUGUGCGCAAGGAGAAGUUCCAGAUGAACAGGACAAUUAUUAUUGCAUCCCAAAUAUUACAAGGGAUGGGAUUCUUACAUGCAAGAGGGAUCUUCCAUAAGGACUUGAAAUCAAAGAAUAUAUUCUUGGAAAAUGGCAAAGUUGUGAUAUCAGAUUUCGGAUUGUUCAACAUUUCUCGGCUUUGUCAUGGAAACAGGAAAGGAGAAUGGCUGAACAUCUCUCCCGGCUGGCUCGUGUAUCUCUGUCCAGAAAUCAUUAAACGUCUCUAUGCAGGAGGCAACAAUAAGGACCUUCCAUUCUCAGAAAAGUCAGAUGUUUAUGCAUUUGGGACGGUAUGGUACGAGUUGAUAUGUGGGGAGUGGCCGUUCAAACACUAUGCUCCCGAGUCGAUCAUCUGGCAAGUUGGACACGGGCUGAAACCUGCACUUGUCUGUAUUGGGGCCUCCAAAGAUGUGAAGGAUGUUUUGAUGACAUGCUGGGCGUAUGACCGACAGGAACGACCUGACUUUAGUCGCCUAUUAAAGUUAAUGGAACGCCUACCUAAGAAACGCCUGGACCGUAGCCCCUCCCAUCCUAUACAUCUAUCGCGCAGUGCGGACCCAGUGUUCUCAACGUGAAGUGUACUCUACAUGUCUUUCUCUCAAUCAUAUACAAAAUCAUCCAAAAUGGACGUGAACAGGGCCCAGACAACAGUGACCAAGUCACAUCUCAUCCAGAGAUGGAAUGCCACAGACAGUAGUUGUCUCCCCUGUUCAACCUGUGUUGAUCUAGUGAUGACUGUCGGUGGUCGUAGCGGUCACUCACAGGUCCAAACUUAUAUAUCAUUACCUGGAGCCUUGUGUAGGAUCCUUCGUUAUCAUGUGAUAGGGGUCACCUGACCCCACGUCUGUGACCUCCCGCAGGGCAUUCCCGUGAUGGGGUGGCACUCGAUUCCUCAUGACCUACAGCUGGUGUAGGUUUCUGUGUCAUUACGUCAACAUCCAUAUAUCAUGUUAACGGUUCUUUCAUAUAUGUUGUGUAAACAUUUGCGUUAACACAUGUUAUAAUCUCUUUGUGUAUUUUCAUAUUAUCAACAUGAUUCUGUCCUGAAAUCUGUUGUUCUCUAGAGGUCACAGCAUCUGUUAACACAAUGAAUUGUGUCUACUUUUCGUGUCAUCACUUGGUGAUUUUAUAACGUCAACAUGAAUGAUGCAUAUUGGCACAGUGUUUACAUAUGUCAACAUUGUUGUUACUGUAAAUAUAUUCAUUUUGGGGGUCUCAAUUUUAGAGCAUCACCAUUUUUUUUUCCAUUUUUUUUUUACAAAUUAGCGCAAUGAUGACUUAGGGUAUCCUCAUUAUUUGCUAUAUAGAUAGCAUAUAGAAAUUGUAUGUUUUAGGGCAAUACUCCCUGUGUGAAAAAAACCCGCUAAAAUAGGACUACCACAAAAUAUAUAUGUUUGUAGUAACACUUUGUGCUUCAUUUAUAGAUAACAUGUUCACAUCAUGUAGUGUAUCCAUGUGUCAGAUUUAUAAGUCGUCUUCAGAUGACAACACAUGUGUUCAUGAUGUCGACAUGUCCAUCUUGAUACAAGUUUUCGAUGUGGACAUAUGUGAACAUUUUGUGUAAAGAAAUUGUGUCAUGUUUUAACAUUUGUUUUCAUGGAGUUUACAGUAAAAACAAUUAAGCACAACUUGUCUGUGCUAUAAAUUUAAUAUAUAUAUAAGUUAACAUUUUGUUUCGAAAUGUCAACAUUGUUAAUUGUCAACAUUUCAAAAAUAUUAUGCAUUUUGUUGAAGUGUUAACAUUUAACAUUAUAUAUUGUUAUUUUUAAAAAUGUGUUAACGCAUUGUUAUAAUUUUAUCAACACAAUUUCGACAAUGUGUUAACUUAUAACUGUUGAACUGUCAUGUUCACACUUUGUGUUAAUGCAAUAUGUAAUGUUACAUGUGUUCAGUUGUUAAGGUGUAAAUUAGUUGACAGCAUAUGUGUGUAUAUAGAGGUACAAGUGUGUAUAUGGGGUACACAUGUGCAGAAAUAUGGUACGUUUGUGUAUAUGAGAGUACAAGCAUUUGCCUAAUUUCUUGUGUAUUGCCAGAAGGCUAAAAAUUUAAAAGAUUAAUAAAUCAAAUACUUAUGGCGACCUGGUGAUGCAAGAUACUGGGGUAUAUCUACUAGAUAUUUUUAGCCAAAUAGAAAUUAACCAAUGAAAAAAUCAAUAUGGUCAUGACCCAGUGGUCCUUUGAGCGGACCGCAGCCCUGACAGAGAGUAGAUAACUAAGGGAGGGAACCAGGCUAGCUAUCUCAUGAUGUUUCAAUAUACAGAAAUACAGUUAUUUUGCUCUUUACAGGUUAUUUUGGGCAAUACAUGAAAAAUUAUAGUAUGGUUUAUUGGGUACAUGAAGAAAUGUGUGUAUAUUGGGUAACAUGUAUAUAUAAGGUAAAUGUGUAUAUGAUGUACAUGUGUGUGUAUUUGAGGGUAAGUGUGUAUAUAUUGGGUAACGUGUGUAUAUAUGAUUUAUGUAAGUGUAGGAUUAGAUGUAUUUAUAUUCUGAGUCAGUAUGGUAAUGAAGAGGAUGUCCAUGAAAUGACCUGCUGUGAUACAGGGUCUGAACAAAUGUAUGACUUUGUGAAUGCAGACAACUACUGUACACACUUACUUAUUAUAAAGACUUAAUAUCAACAUACGACUUUGUGUGAAUGUUUGACAAUUAUUACGACUGCGUAGUUUAAAAGUAUGUCAAUCUUUGCGUAAUUUUUGUGCAAAUCUCCAACUUUUGUAUGAAUUUGUUUUGACUGUAUGACUUUUAUAUAUGUCACGCGUGUGACUCAUUAAAAACGUGACUUUGUUUAAAUGUGUGACUUAAGAUGUAAAUCUGACUGUUUAGUUGUAUGACAUCAGUAAACAACUUUGUAAAAAUGUGUGAAUUAUAGAUGAAACUUAAUUAUAUGAAUUUGUAUAAAUUUUUGACUUCUAAAUCAAAUUUAUGACUUUGUUAAAAGUCAUCUUUGCUAGCCAAGGGUGUUCAGUCGAUAUUCUCCUUAAAAGGAGAGUACCGCGUUGAACACCCUUGGCUAUAGCAAAGACGUAAAAAUGUGUGACUUCUUAUAAUACCCGACUUUGUGAAAAUGUGCGACUUCUAAAUUAAAGUUAUAAAUAUAUAUAUAAAUGUGCAACUUAUAACUUAAACUUAUGACUGAAUAUAAUUUUGUGACUUAUAGAUGCACGACUUUGUAUAAAUGUGAAUAUUAGUUGUAAAUCUAUAGUGUGUAUAUGUGUAUCUAUUAAAAGUGAUGCAAAUGUGCAUAUAUGUGUUAUGCAAUUAGGUAUAAGUGUUAAAGUGAUUAUAUACUUAAAAUUGUCGUAUCACUCCACAUUGUUUUUACAAACAUUUACUUUAUCAUUAACUGUGUGUUAUGAGAUUUUAAAUAAUUGCAAAAUAUAGAAACGUGUAAAGACUUUGUAUGCAAAGUUAAGAGUUUGUGUGAUGUCAUAUAAUAUUGUGUAUAAUUACAAUGUGCUUUACGUGUCGCAGUGUGGCGUUGUGUGAAGGAUUUCAACUAAACCAAUUCUAGUGUAAUUUAUACACCACAGCACUUUAACAACACACCUCAAACAUGUUUAAUGAAUAUUUUCGUUAAAUUUUCAAUAUAUAUUGAUGUACAAUAUGCAAAAACAUAUGAAAUGGCCAGGACUAAUAUCAGUGGCCUUGUCUGUCUUUCCACCAUACUUUGAUUAGAUUGGUUUUAAGUUUUAUUCUUCCUUUGUAAUAAUUAAUGGAAGAAUUAUUUUGCUUUUAAGUUGUUUCUGGGUGUAAUGUAAUGUCCUAAAGUUAAUCAUCUAAUCAAAAUUUGUCAACACUCAGUUUGAAGUUAACCUUCUGAGCCAUGAUUUUCUGACAGAAGAUUUGGUUGAACCUAAUUAUAUAAUGAUAAUGAAUAUAUUGCUAUAUCCCAGCACUAUCUCAGAGUGGUUUAUGAAUUAUUAAUCAUGGUUAUCGGGACUUAAGCAACCAGCCAGUGUCUUUCUCAACUCUAUGCGGAGCAUACAGUCGGAGCUGCUAAUAGCUCACACAUACGAUAAGUUCAUUUACGUAACAUUCUCAGCAAUUUACCAAAUAUAUAGUAUAUGAUUGCUGGUACCCUGAAAGUCAAGAAUAUUGUACAUAUACCAGGUAUGUCAUCUGACAUUUAGACGCUAUUAAUUUUCAUGUUUAAGUGGCUUUAAUCUUCAUACUUUAAUCUGAAGUGAAAAUCCCAAUUUGUUGGUAAUACAGUUAUGAUUAAGUAUUUAUAUAUUAUGGAACGCUACUUUUCUUUUGCUGCAGGUUUUGAGUAAAAGUCACAGAUUUGUUUAUUUGUAAACAAAGUUACAAUGCAUUACCUAAACAUGGUAAAAUGUAAUAUCAUUCUGUAUUUUUUUUUUCCCCCUCAAUGUUUUUGAGUUGUGACAUAAAUGAUAUGGUAGCAAUUUGCAUACUUACUGACCAAUCGCACAAAAUAAAAAAAUUAAAUAUAUGAUACUAAAAAUUUUGUGUCCUGUACUUCACUAAAAUAUUACCAGGCCUUACAAAAUGGGGUCCUACUAUUAAUCAUUUGUUUGUGUUAAUAUAUAUAUUUGUUGGUUAAUUUUCACUUUAAACAAUAGGUUUUAAUUCUGUUAUGACUAACAAAUAUAUUUUCAAUUUUACUCUUGAUGGCAAUAUUUAUUUUUAAUCUAGAACAUAUUCAUAUAGUUCAUAUGGUCGUGACGCCGUUUUUAUCUUUUAGCUUCUACCCUAAAUUAUACACAAUGAAAUUAAACAACAUGGUAAAUAUUUUUAUCGAUCAAAUACAAAUCUGUGAUAUAAUAUCAGAAUAAUAACCAAGAUUUUAUCUAGAAUAUACAACAAGGGGUGGACAAAUACAUUGAAGGUGUCAUUUCUGUAUUCUUCCUCCUAGAAAAACUGAUAUUUUUCAACUUUUCAACAAAGAUUGGGAUAAUUUGACCUAUAUACAUGUAACCCUUAAUAUUUCCCAUGUUUGUUGUUUUACUCCCAAUCCAUAUCCAACAAUUCCCCUUUUAAAUAUUGAAUAAUGAAUCAUAGAUAGAAAUUUUAUGAAGUUUUAAUGAUGAAAUCGGGCAAAUUCUGAAUUAGAAAUGAUAACUUUAUUUAUAUUUAUUUGCAGAUUCUGUACAAAUAACUGGAUAUAUCACAGACACAACAAGACUUCCCCAGUAUUUAUAUAUCAC